AACUAGAAGCAGAAUUGUGUGCAACAUUAUGAGUAGAGAGCCUCCGAUUCUUUUGAAGGGACUCAAUUUUGAAUCUUGCUGGUCCCUUUUCAGAGAGCGAGCAUUUGCACUAAGGCAGACUGAAGAUCAAAACUUGGUUGCAAUUGGGAGGCAAAUUGUUGAAAAGUGUCAAGGAUUGCCUAUGGUAGUGAAAUUGUUUGGUUGCCUCUUGCAGUCAGUGACUGAUGAGGAUGAAUGGAGGAGUGUGUUAAAAGAGAUUUGGGAAGUGGAAAAGGGAGAAGACAGUAUUUUGCAGACUCUGAAGGUGAGUUACGACCAAUUGCCAUUGCAUUUGAAGCAGUGUUUGGCAUACUGCUCUGUAUUUCCUGUUGGUCAUGAGUUUGAUAUGGAUGAGCUUGUCAAGCUGUGGAUGGCAGAGGGGCUUAUCCCUCCUAGGGGCAACAGAAGACCAGAAGCUGUUGGCAACAGGUAUUUCAAUUACCUUUUGUGGAGAUCCUUCUUUCAAGUUUGCACUGAUUGUCAUCAAUCAAAUGUAAAAUACAAAAUGCCCACUAUGAUUCAUGAUCUGGCACAAUCUGUUAGCUCACAGGAAUUUUUAAGGGUGGAGCAUAAUGAAAAACAAGGGGGGGAUAACAUUGUCCGGCUUGCAUUCUGCUCUCUUAACACUGCAGACCCAGUAGCAUUCAGGCAGAUUUGUAUAAGCAAAAGUUUGCGGACUUUUAUACUACAUUUGGACAGUGGAGCACUCUCCAAACAGGUUAUAGGUUUUCUACUGCCAAGAUUUAAUUGUUUGCGUGUGCUAGAUUUGAGAAAUAACCAACUGGAACAAUUACCAAAUUCCAUUGGUGAUUUAACACAUUUACGGUACCUUGGCCUGUACAACACUCAAAUAAAAUGCUUGCCUGAAUCAGUCAGUAAUCUGUACAAUCUGCAAACUUUGAAUCUCGAUGAGUGCUACAAGCUUCUUGAGCUGCCCAAGGGCUUGAGUAUGUUAAUUAAUCUACGGCAUCUCAAUUUGCAUAUUGACUGGGAUAGAUGGACAGAAUUGAAGACCAUGCCCCCUGGUAUCCAGGAUCUGAAGUCUCUGCAAACAAUGUCAAGGUUUGUUGUGUCCGCAAAGAAUGGGUGUGAAAUUAGAGAAUUGAAGGACCUGAAACUUAGAGGAGAACUUUGCAUCUCAAAGUUGGAAAAUGUGGAAAAUAUUGAGCAUGCUGAUGAGGCUAACUUGAAGGAUAAACAAUAUAUUGAAAAGCUGAUGCUGCGGUGGAGUGAGGCUACACACAACAACAACAACAAUAACAACAGCAGGCCGUUAGUCCCAACUAUUUGGGGUCGGCUAAGGAGUGGGGCUACGUCUAAUAUACAAAACACAUUGAGGGCAGAGGAGUUAAUCAAACACCUUCAACCUCACAACAGGCUAAAACAAUUAAGGAUAGAGCACUAUGAUGGCACACAUUUUCCCCAGUGGCUUGCAGAUGGAUCCUUCUUGAGUCUAGAAUCCAUAACACUCUCAAACUGCAAAAGAUGCACAGUUCUUCCUGCAAUGGAUCAGCUGCCUAAUUUAAGAAACUUGGUUCUAAAAAAUUGUGAGGGAUUGACGGCUAUUCCUCAUCUUCGCAACAUUCAUACUCUAGUGGUAGAUGGAUUGAACAAGUCAGUAUUCAGUAUGGUUUCUGGUCUCAGUUCUCUCUCCUCUCUCACCAUUUCCAGGUGUGGGGAUACCCAGGUGCAGAAAAGCUCCUUUGAACAACUUACUUCUCUUACGAAACUGAAGAUCGAAGGGUGCGCUAGUCUUGUGUCAGUAGCUUCAGAGGAAGACUUGCAAACCCUCAUUUCCCUUGAAUCACUUGAGGUUUCUUCUUGCCAUGAACUCGUGUCCUUCGCUGUUGCAGGGCUGCCACAAUCCCUUAAUUCUCUCCAACUUUGCUCCUGUGAAAAACUUGAAUAUUUUCCCAUUCAGUUCAAUUUAUUGGCUUCUGGACUACGAACACUGACACUUAGCAGAUGCCCUUUACUGAAACAACAGCUCCAAAACAAUGAAGCUUAUUUAGCUCACAUUAAUGAGAAAAACAUCCAGUGAUUUUCUCCAAGAUGAUGAGGGUGAUUGUUAAUGCACCAGCAUCGAAACACAGUGUCAGUAGCAAUAUCCAGCAGGCAUUUGGAUGCAAUCUCAACGGUUUCCCAAGUCCUAGUGAAGGUGAAGUGUUUAAACUCUGGUGCAAGAUUUUUGGGGUAAAGAUGACUUAUUAAGAGGUGAAAGAAAAAUACCAUAUUAUUCUUUGAUUUAUUCUUUCUGCGUGGCAUUUUUGAAAAAUGUUAUUGUUGCAGUACUCAUUUGAAGAAUAAACUGAGUUGAGCUUGAGCCAAGAUUUUUGAUUUCUGAGACAUAUUUGUACUUAAGGGGUAGAUUACAUAACACGGAUAAAAGCUGAUUAAUAACUAA